UGGGGGCGGGGCCGCGCUCAGAGGGCGCCCCAAGGUGGCCGCAGCUCAGGGUCAAUGGAGCUGCACGAGGCCGCCCCUCCCCCCGCCGAGGUCAAGCACCUCCUGGAGACGCCGUUCGGGGUCGUGCACGCCUGGACCUCGGGGUGCCCCCGGCCCGGCCGCCCCGCCCUGCUGACGUUCCCGGAUGUGGGCCACACCCACCUGACGUGUUUCUCGGAGCUCUUCGGGCACCCGGAGAUGUUGGAGAUUUCCAGAAGCUUCCACCUGGUGCACCUGGAGCCGCCCGGCAUGGAGGAGGGGGCGCCGCCCUACCCCCCCGGGUACCAGUACCCCUCCCUGGAGCAAUUGGCCGAGGCGCUCCCGGGCGUCCUGCAGGGCCUGGGGAUCCGGAGCAUCGUCGGGGUGGGGGUGGGGGCCGGGGCCUUCGUGCUGGCCAAGUUCGGGCUGCUGCACCCCGAGGCCGUGGAGGGGCUGGUGCUGCUCAACCUCGACCCCAAAGCCAAGGGAUGGAUGGACUGGGCCGCCAGCAAGCUUUCGGGUCUGACGAUGUCGACAAACGAGAUGAUCCUGAACCACCUCUUCACCCAGGACGAGCUGGCCGCCGCCCCUCCCCCCGUCCGCCGGGUCCGGGAGCACCUGGCGGCCGCGCCCAACCCCGCCCUGUUCUGGAGCAUGUACACCAGCCGCGCUGACUUGGGCCUGGAACGGAGCGGGGCUGGGAACCUGCGCUGCCCCGCCCUGCUGGUGGUCGGUGACCAGGCCCCCCACGAGGACGCCGUGGUGGAGUGCAACGCCAAGCUGGAUCCGACGCAGACGUCGUUCCUGAAGGUGACCUUUGACCCCUGAGUGACCCUUGAUCCUUGAAUCACCCCUGACCCCUGAGUGACCCCUGACCCCUGAGUGACCACGCCUCUUUGCAGAUGGCCGACGGGGGCGGACAGCCUCAGAUUGCCCAGCCCGGCCGUCUGACCGAGGCGAUCAAGUACUUCCUGCAGGGGAUGGGCUACAUGGCCGCCUCCGCCAUGACGCGCCUGUCGCGCUCCCGCACCGGCUCCGGCUCCAUCAGCGCGGGCGAGGCCGAGCGCGGCCGCAGCCGGACCCUGAGCCGGGGCAGCACCGGGAGCGGGGCCGUGCCGCCCCCGCCAGCCCCUGAGAGACCCCCCCCCCCAAAAAAAAACCCCCAAAA